GCCAGACCAAACGGGCCAACCAAGAGAUGGAGACUGCCCUACGCUGCGUGACUUCUGCUAACCCUUCCUCCUGGAGCGCUCAGCUACCCUGGGUUGAAUAUGCCCACAACACCCUCACCAAUGCCUCGUCAGGGCCAUCUGCGCCGUUGUCAUCGUACCUGGAGGAAGGCUCGGGCUGCCCUUUGCGCCUCCGGCAGGACCCAGUCCCAACUGUUGCCGGGUCUCAGCCCCAGUCUACACCCCAGGUCAAAAGUCCCCUGUCUCAUCCUGCAGCAGCUCCUCCACCCCCUCAGCUCAUUGAUGACCAUCCUGCCUAUACCAUUCAGCGGAUUUUGGAUGUGCGCCAUCGGGGUCGUGGCUGGCAGUACCUGUUGGACUGGGAAGGAUACGGACCGGAGGAGCGCUGCUGGGUGCUCCACCGUCACGUUCUGGACCCCUCCCUCUUACGUGAUUUCUAUACCUCACACCCAGAUAAGUCAAGUGGCACCGGUAGAAGGGGGUUACUGUUACAUCUGCUCCUGUCAUGCCCUCAACUGCUCAUCCUGUGUCUCCUUGACCUGCUGCCACUCCCCCAGUGCUCUCUCCCUCUCUCUGAUUGUGUGGGCGGAGACAGGUGUGCUCAGUCAGAGCAGAUCCCCACCAGCUACAACCUGUCCAUAAUCAAGACCUCUACAAAUACUCAGUCCUGCCACUUCCACACUGCCAGAUCGUAAUCUCUGCUCAGUCAGUCUACAUUUCUAGCCGUUUGUUACUAUUAGAUCCUAUUGUGCCUGUUUUCCUUGCCUGACACGGUUUUCCU